UCAAAUGUGUCAUUUGGUAAACAAAAACACGGAUUUGCCUAUGUGAAUACUUUCGAUAUUUUUAUUAAAAGCUUGCAAAAUGACGAAACUAGCCGACAACGUAAACCCCGAUGUAUACGACAAGGGUUCAGAACGGGAAAUAACUUCAAACGAAAGAAAUGAAGACAUCGUCGACGAAAUCGACCAAAGGGAGGUGUUCGAUUUAAUACGCAAUAUAAAUGACCCCGAACACCCCUUGACCCUUGAGGAGCUACGAGUGAUUGAGGAGAAGAAUAUAUUCGUGGAUAAUAAGCAGAAUGUGGUGAAUGUGUACUUCACACCUACGAUACCUCAUUGCAGUAUGGCAACUUUAAUUGGCUUAUCCAUCAGAGUGCAGCUCCUCAGAGCCCUGCCGAGUCGUUUCAAAGUGACAGUGGAGGUGUCAGAAGGCACCCACAUGUCAGAGCAUGCUGUCAAUAAGCAACUAGCCGACAAGGAACGAGUUGCAGCUGCCCUUGAGAACAACAACCUUGUGCAGAUCAUCAACCAGUGUAUUGUUAACUCAUGAAGUAAUCCUAGUUUUAUGAGUGGAAAUGUGUGUCUGUUUCAUACUUUAUUGCCAAGACAUCUCACCAAAAUAGAAGAGGGAUUCUUAUUUGUAUGGAAGCUGGCAUAACAACCUGUCACCAUAUUUUUCUUUUUAUAUGAAAAUAGUAUGCAUAGGUCGUAAAUAUGGACGGCAUGUAGAUAACAAAAGACUUAUAGGCACAUUCGGAAAAUAUUCAUCAUAUAAUAUCUGUAAAAACCCUGCAUCAAUAUGUUGAUAUUGCAUGGAUACAUACAAAGCAUGGACUUUAUGUACUUUUUGUUAUGUAAAACAAGUGCUGUAAAAUAAAUCAAAAGAAUUGAAAUCUCUAUGCAUAUCAGAGAUUUAUAAUUUACGCGACUGGAGACAACCGGUGGCACUCUGAAUAUUUGAUAUGCAUUCAAAAUGUAGAAUAUUAAGAAUAAUUAAAUAACUAUGUAAUAAAAGCAAAAUUGAAUCAGAAAUAAA